CAGAAGCUUCUUCCUCAAUCUUCUACAUCCUUUGGGCACUUCCAAUGGAAAGGCAAAGGCAUAAGUAAGAAUGGAAGCUGGUAGUAACGAAAGACGAGUGGUGACUCGCAGAAAGCCUUUUUCCGAUCGCACCAACACUUGUUCUCCCUCCCUUGUUCCCCUCAAACCUCACAAAACCAUAACCAACCCUUCUUCUUCCGCACCCGCUAAAUGCAACACCGCUGCUACUAUCACCACCACCACCACCACUACCACCAAUCUCCAUAAUUCCCCAAACCCUCCCUCUCCCUCUCCCUCUCCCCUCGUCGUGUACAGUCGAAGACGUUCUUCAAAUAAAAGAAAGAGGGAUAAAGGGAAGGCAGUGGCUGUUCCUUUCACUACCACGCCCAAUUUCAAGAUCUCUCAUACUUGUGAGAAAGAUGAUGAGUUUGAAGGUGCAAACCUACCCAAGGCAAAGGCAAUGACAGUUCCUCGUACGAAGAAACAGUGUGCUUUGUCAUCUGAAAAAGAUGAGCUCAAGAAUCACCAGCUCCAAGAAUUUAUAGAAAAACAGAAAGCUUACUUUAAAGAGAUUGAUGAAUUCAAACUGGAGGUUGAAUCUGGUGAUGAGCUGGAUUAAGUGGGGGAUAUGUAAUAUAACUAUAAAUAGCAGCUUGAAAUUUCGUUGUUUCGGUAGGUUGUAAUGUUUUAUAGUUGAGAUAUCGUGAUUUUCAUGAUGAAGUAACUACCCCCCAGUCAUCUCUCUGACCAAAUAUAUUGUAAUAGUCUAGUGGGAAUAAUCGAAGUUAAAAUUGUUUAGCCUAACACUGUAACAUAUUAAUUGUCCUUAUAUAUUUUUUUUCUUAUUUCUCUUGUAAAUUUCUUCUUGGAGUUUAGUAGUAUUCUUAUAAUUCA